CCAUAUUUGAAUAAAAAAAUCUAUUAAUCUAGCAUAACACACUGGAUUUUUCUCUGGUUCUUACCUUUUUCCUUUAAGCCUCUUCCAUCACAAGUUCACUAUAAAGGAAGCCAUUGAAAUUAAGGUGAUGCCCAAGUUAAAAUUUAUUAACAUGGCAAGUUUAAGAUCUCAUUUGUAUUUCUUCAUUUUCUUUGCAAGUCUUUCCGUUCCAUCUAGCAGUACUCAAAGCAAUUCCUGGUCUCAAAAGAAUCAGGUUGCCUUAUUCAUCUUUGGAGAUUCACUAUUUGAUGCCGGUAAUAAUAACGACAUCAAUAAUGCUACUGGCCGAGCAAAUUUCUGGCCGUACGGAGAAACAUUCUUUAAGUAUCCUACAGGGAGGUUCUCCGAUGGCAGAAUAAUUCCAGAUUUUAUUGCUGAGUACUUGAAUUUACCAUUCAUUUCACCAUAUCUCCAGCCUAGUAAUGAUCAGUAUACAAAUGGAGUAAAUUUUGCUUCAGCUGGAGCUGGUGCUCUAGUUGAAACUUAUCCUGGAAUGGUGAUAAACCUUAAAACUCAGCUUAGUUAUUUCAAGAAUGUGGAGAAGCAACUAAAUCAGGAACUAGGAGAUAAAGAGACUAAGAAAUUAUUGUCCAAAGCCACUUACUUAAUCGGCAUUGGUAGCAAUGAUUAUAUAUCAGCUUUCGCUACAAAUUCCACUUUGCUUCAACACAGUAAAGAAUACGUCGGGAUGGUCAUCGGUAACUUGACAAUUGUGCUCAAAGAAAUAUAUAGAAAUGGGGGAAGGAAAUUUGGAGUUGUAAGCUUGGGUUCAUUGGGUUGUAUACCAGCAUUGAGAGCAAUUAAUAAACAGAUCAAUAACUCAGGUGGAUGCAUGGAAGAAGUUACGGUUCUAGCGAAAUCACACAAUAAAGCACUUUCUAAAGCACUUGAGAAGUUAGAAAAAGAGCUAAAAGGAUUUAAGUAUUCAUAUUUUGAUUUCUAUACUUCAACAAAUGAUAGAGCCAAUAACCCUUCAAAAUAUGGCUUUAAGGAAGGGAAAGAGGCAUGCUGUGGCAGUGGUCCAUAUAAAGGAAUUCUAAGCUGUGGAAGGAAUGCAGCAAUAAAAGAGUAUGAAUUAUGUGAAAAUCCAAGUGAAUAUUUGUUCUUUGAUAGUAGUCAUCCUACUGAGAAAUUCAACAAUCAACUUGCAAAACUGAUGUGGAGUGGAAAUCCUGAUAUCACAAUCCCUUGCAAUCUUAAAGAACUAUGUGAGGCAUAAACAUAUGCAAGUGAUAAGGCUAUAUGUAUGAUAAAUAAGGUCAUGUGUUUGGUUUAUAAUAUAAAAAUUAUGCUUUUUGCA